AUGUGCCUAAGUCGUGCGCCCUAUGCGCCCUAUGCGCCCUAUGCGCCCCAGCAAUUCCCACUGCCGAAAUUCCCCGCCUCAACCUUCAGUGUACAUAUGUACAAAUGGUGUGCUUUGCGCUACAUAAGCUUGACAGCAUUAACGUACGUGCAGCCUCGCGGCGUUGAUGUCCGUGUAACACUUACCUCAGAGGCAGGGUCACGGAUGCUUACAUCGGUCAUCUACCAGAACGUUACUGGCACGACUACGUUGCUGGAUCUACCAGUAUCGAUUCAAAAUGGGCAAUGUCUACAGCGUAACGAGCCUAAUCAAGGAGUAACUCGUAUUCGUUCUGCCGACUGCCCCAAGAAACCAUAUCCCAACGUCGAACCGAAGGGGUUGAAGCGCAGAAAGCUGCUGCAUGGCAUUCCCCCAGCUGAGCGGGAAUACCAUGAAAAUCUUCGAGCAUUGAUUUAUGAGAGCCUCGAGGAGAUCAGGUCAGCUAUCGGACCAAGAAAAUGGCUGUUUCCUCGUCAACCUGUUAAGAGUCCUGUCGAAAGUCAUGCGCAUGUGAGAGAGGAAGCAAAAGGUGAAGAGACGAGUUCAGGGCCCCCUAUCAUCUUGUCUUCCAUUUCGAACAUCUUUACUUCUAUGGAAGAGAUAGCGGGCCGCAUCGUCUCCAAUCCUUCCAGCCUGUGUACAAGCCUUGUGGCUGAUUCCGAUCUGUACCGUGUACCGCCGCGCUCUACAUUCAUCUUAUCCGGUGUGGAACAGUUAUGCCCUGGGACUAGAGCCUCUACCAACCGUAUUUUCCCUAGAGACUUCGAUUUGAUCGUCAUGGACCCUCCCUGGCAGAACAGGUCGGUGAGGCAUGCGAAGGCGUACAGAACAUCCCAGGCUCGCCGGGAAGACCCUUUCCUCUCUGUGCUACCUAUCUUGCAUAGUCAUCUGAGGCCUGAUGGGCUGGUUGGCAUCUGGGUAACGAACAAGGCGAGCAUUCGGCGACUAGUCUUACACUCCCUUCGUGAAAAGGGGCUUCAACUCUACGAAGAAUGGGUAUGGAUGAAGACUACGGUUGACGGCGAGUCUGUAACACCUCUAGAUGGUCUGUGGAGACGGCCUUAUGAGGUACUGCUCCUCUUUCGUAAGGGACCAGACCACAAAUUCGAUGUUGCAGCUGGUUCCCAGUGGGCUGGUUCCUCCACGUGGGCCACAGGAGUGCACCGUCGCCUCCUAGUAGCUGUACCUGGCCAUCACUCGCAAAAACCGUGCCUAAAGGAGUUGAUAGAGCCGUUGCUGGUUGACCCUAAUAAAUACGACGCCCUGGAGAUUUUCGCACGAAACCUGACAGCUGGUUGGUUUGCCUGUGGCAACGAGGUGCUGAAAUUCAACCAUCAAAGCCACUGGGCCAGAACAAACGAAUAUUGGUAA